UAUGGUGAGGGUGUGCACCUGCACACCCUGAAAUUUAAAAAUUUCCAUCGAUACACCUAUGUUUUCUAAUUUUGACCACCCUGAAUUUAUUUUUUUGCACUCUGGACCCAUGACACCCAAUGUCUGAAGACCACACUCAUAAUACACUUUCACACUUCUCUCUAAAAUUGUUUUCUCUCGUCUCUCUCAACCGCAACCCUCAAUCAACGACCACUAAAUAUCAACCAGCGGCGGUGGGUGCUCCAAUUUCUCCGUCUCCCGUCUCAUCUCUCUCGUGCUUCUCAGUUUCUGCUCUCAACUUUCUCCAUUUUCAACUUUAUCAGUCUGUCGUUUUUCUGCGAUUUUUGUGUGAUUUCUCUCCUUACUCACCACCACAACCUUUACUCUCGAAGAUUCGAACGGGGAAGACAACCUUAGCAAGGAAAAACACAAAUGCAUAUCAAGUUAUACUUAAAUGGUCAAUUCAGUUUAUCAACUAUUGAAGAUAGCGAGCGAUGAUUUUGCCUGUUGCUGCAGCAACCGUCGAACGUUCCUUUUCCGUCAUGACGAUUGUGAAAACUAGAUUAUGCAAUCGUAUGGGGGACAAAUGGAUGAAUGAUUGUCUGGUGACUUAUAUUGAAAGCGGUGUGUUGGAGCAAAUUGAUGAUGAGCCGAUUAUUCAAUGAUUUCAGAACAUGGAUUCGUGUAAAGGACACUUAUAAAGAAUGUAUGUAGUUGUUUUUGAUACAUUAUAAAUUGAGUACAAUGUAAUUUUUUGAGUAUAUGAUUUUUAUAUGUAUGAUUAUACUUAUUUGGCAAAAAAAAAAAUUUUUUGCACCCACUGAGCCAGGAUCCUGGAUCCG